GUCAAUCGCUCAGUCGUCCGUCGGCCGGCGAUGCAGCAGCAGCAGCCGCCGCCGCGAUGACCGCCACGCUGCUGCUGCUCGUGCUUUUCACCCUCGCACCCCUCUCCCUCCAGGGGCCGGACAGGAACGUCAUCAGAGUCGGAGGACUCUAUGUGCCUAACUACGAGGAGCUGAUGGUCGCCUUCAGGGCGGCCGUGGACCACGUCAACGCCGACAAGAGCGUCCUGCCCAAGCACCAAAUGAUGGCCGUCACUGAGAAAGUCUCGCUAAAGGACUCGCUCAGCACCUGCGCCAAAGUAUGUGAGCUGAUGCAGACGGGCGUGUCAGGGGUGUUCGGCCCUCAGAGCGAGGACACGGCCGAGCACGUGCAGUCCGUGUGCGACACAAUGGAGGUGCCGCACGUCGAGAUGCGCUGGGACCUGGCGCAACGCAGAGGCGCCUGUGCCGUCAACUUGUUUCCGCACCCCAGCGUGCUCGCCAGCGCGAUCAGGGAUCUGGUGGAGACCUGGGAGUGGAAGAGCUUCACCAUAAUUUACGAGACCGACGACGGACUCAUUAGACUGAACGAGUUGCUGAAGCUGUACGACCCCAAGGGACACACGGUCACUGUCAGACAGCUCGAGCCGGGAGACAACAACAGACCACUCUUGAAGCGAAUCAAGAACAGUAACGAGAUUAAUAUCGUUCUCGACUGCACGAUUGAAAAAUUGCCCGAAAUUUUGAUGCAAGCUCAACAAGUGGGACUCAUGGCUGGCUACUACAGUUACAUUAUCACGAAUCUGGAUAUGCACACGUUGGACUUGGAGCCGUACCAAUACGGUGGUACCAACAUAACCGGCAUCAGGGUAGUCGACCCUUCCGACCCUGACGUCCGCACCGCAGUGCAGGAGAUGAACGACCUCUCGCGCAACUUCUCCUUCGCCCCGGAAACCCUGCGAAUGGAGACGGCGCUUAUGUACGACUCGGUGCGUCUGUUCGCCAAGGCGUUACACUGGCUGGUUCACAGUCAGCGCGUCUCCUUCCGACCCCUCAACUGCGAGACUGUCGAAAACUGGGAGCAUGGCUUCAGCCUCGUCAACUUCAUGAAAUCGACUGAAAUUAAGGGAACAACCGGAGUGACCAGGUUCGACAACGAGGGCUUCAGGUCGCACCUGGUGCUAGACAUAGUUGAGCUGAACUACGACGGUCUCGUGAGCAUCGGCUCGUGGAACUCGACCGACGGCGUGAACCUGACCAGGGUCCACAAGGCGGCCAUCCAAGAAGGCUCCGAAAGUCUGCAGAACAAAACCUUUGUCGUCAUGACAGCCCUCAGCGACCCGUACGGCAUGCUGAAGGAGACGAGUCUGAAGCUGAACGGCAACGACCGCUUCGAGGGCUUCGGCACCGAGCUGAUUCAGGAGAUCUCGAUGAUGCUCGGCUUCAACUACACGUUCAAGCUGCAGGACGACGGCGUUUACGGCUCCAUAAACAAACAGACCGGCCAGUGGAACGGCAUGCUGAGAGAAAUCAUUGACGGGAGAGCCGACUUGGCCAUAACUGACUUGACGAUCACUUACGACCGAGAGAGCGCCGUCGACUUCACCAUGCCCUUCAUGAAUCUCGGAAUCAGCAUCCUGUACCGGAAGCCGACCAAGCAGCCGCCCAGCCUCUUCUCCUUCAUGUCUCCCUUCUCCAACGAAGUCUGGGUCUACAUGUUUUCCGCCUACAUCGGCGUCUCUGUCUUGCUUUUUGCCCUCGCGAGGUGCAGUCCAUACGAGUGGACGAACCCGUAUCCGUGCAUUGAAGAGCCGGACCACCUGGAAAACCUGUUCUCGCUGAAAAACUCGCUGUGGUUCACGAUCGGCUCGCUUAUGCAACAGGGUUCGGACAUCGCUCCGACGGCCGUGUCGACGCGCAUGGUGGCCGGCAUCUGGUGGUUCUUCACGCUCAUCAUGGUCUCUUCGUACACGGCCAACUUGGCCGCCUUCCUCACCAUUGAGAGCAUGUCGUCGCCGAUCAAAUCAGUUGAGGAUCUGGCCAACCAGAAUGUCAUCAAGUACGGUGCCAAGAGGGACGGCUCCACCGCCUCUUUCUUCAGGGAUUCGAAUUACUCGACGUAUCAGAGAAUGUGGCAGUUCAUGAAAGACAACCCUGAUGUGUUCACGUCGACCAACCAGGAGGGCAUCCAGCGAGUGAAAAGCUCGAACGGCAAGUACGCCUUCUUCAUGGAGUCGUCAUCCAUCGAGUAUGUAGUUGAGCGAGAGUGUGAAUUGGCCCAGGUUGGAGGCCUGCUCGACGCCAAAGGCUACGGCAUCGCCAUGCGCAAAAAUUCACCGUACCGAAACGCAAUUAGUGCGGCCGUCCUCAAGCUGCAAGAAGUGGGCAAAAUGUAUGCCCUGAAGGUCAAAUGGUGGAAGGAGAAGAGAGGUGGCGGACAGUGCAAGGAUGAUUCAGCCGGCAGUGGAGCGGCCAGUGAGCUCGGCCUGGCCAACGUGGGUGGCGUGUUCGUCGUGCUGAUCGCCGGGUGCGUGAUGGCCAUCUUCAUUGCCUUGCUGGAGCUGUGCUGGCAUGUCGGCCAACUUUCAAGGGACAAAAGGAUUCAGUUCUGGCCGGAAAUCGGGUCGGAAAUCAAGUUUGCGCUCAAGUGCAAAGGCUCAACGAAGCCGGUGAAGAAGCUGGAGAACGAGGAAGACACGACCGUCGAGGAGGACGUCAUGGACGGCUUCACUCCGUUGAGUCAGUACGCGCUGCCGAUUAAGUCAAAGAGCAAGAGCAGCAUCAACGCCUGACGCGUUGCUCAAUUGUGAAAAUGACAGCUAACGGUAUAUUUAUGUCACUGGAUAAAGGACAAAUUGGCUUUAGAAAAUAUCCAAAGGAAAUUAAGCCAUAAAUCAUUCUCAACUAGAAGUUUACGACGUAUAUAAUUUCGGCAUUCUUUUAAUAUUUGGGAAAAAAUUUUAAAUUAAAACAGGAAAAUCUCAAGACGGACUGAGAUAUUUUCCUGGAUUGUACAGGCAGGAAAUUAAAAAAGUAUUUAAGAACAAUGAGGAAAACUUGGGCUUAUAUGAAAUAGAUAAUUUAAAAAAUUUUAAAUUUUAGAAAUAAUUUUCUCCUCAAUUUACCUUCCAGGGAAUAAAAAAUCAUCAAGUUAUAUAGGUUGAAUUUUUGCCAAUUUUGUCCAUUGACUGGUUAAUUUCGUCAUCUAUACUUAACGUUCAGGGCCUGGUACCAAAGUUUUGUUUCAAUGAAACUAUCUGUGGUUAAUAUUAAAAUUAUUUAAUCCUCCAACACCAAGGGAGCUACAAAAUUACAUUUCUCGAGUCACUUACUCAACUACAGAAAAAAUAGAAGACGCCUAUAGCUGGUAUCUUAACAAUAAUUAGUUAAUCAAUUGUAAGAUUAUAAAUAGAUAUUCUUUAAAUCGAAUAAAUUUUGUACAAAAGUGCUAGGCAUUAGCAUCGAAAACUGGGUCGGGUAAAAACAAGGACAGAGGGAGUCGUAUCAUAACUGCAUUAAAUGGAAUGGAUUUCCUCACGUCAACACAAACAUUGAGUAGAAAGGGAUGAGAUUUACAACUAAUCAUAAGUAUCUGAGUGUCUGGCAGAAUCGCUUGGUUAGUCUAAAAAAGGGUGUCGUCGUUCAUGUGUGUAUAAAAAUAGACGACACGUCUUGCGGAAAAGCACCACGCUUUUAGCAGCACUGUCUUUUGUAAAUUCCUAAUUAUUGUAACUGCACAGUGAAUAAACUCAAUUUUGCAGCCAUA